AAGGACUCCUCCUAAUGCCCCAUGGCGCCCAUAUAUCCAGAACAUCCGUCAACAUCUCGGUUCACAUGGCGGAAACGGGAGCAUGGCAUACGAGUCUCGCCCCUGGCCCAGCCGGAUGUUUGCCCAACCUCCACCCUCCUGGAAACAUAUAUAAUGCUCCUCUCAGAGCGCAGUUUCCUCUUCUUCAUCUCACCAGAGUAACAGACACCAGGCCUACACCAACUCAUAUUCACUCUUUUACCACCUCGCCUACUACUCCCACCCAACCACAAACACUUCACCAACCACCAUGCGAUUCUCUUCCAUCUUUGUCGCCGCGCUCCCCAUCCUCGGCUCGGUCUUUGCUGCCCCCCUCAACACUGAGGCCAAGAAGGACCUUGCUGCUGCUCCUGCCGAGCUUGUCCAGCGUGACAGCUCUUUGCUCGACAUUCUUGCCGAGCUCAAGGCUGACAUCGAAGCCGCUGGUUCUCUCUCCGGUGUGACCGCCGAGGUCAACAUCACCGCGACUGUCCAGGUCGCCGUCGACGCUCUCAACAAGGCUGGAUCCGCCCUCGGAGCCGACCUUUCCUUGGGUGUGGACGCUGAAGUCAGUGUCUCCCUUGCCGGUCUCAAGCGAGAAAUUGAGCAGCGAGCUGUCGACAAGACUGCCGUUGCCCAGGUUUUGGUCGACAUCAUCGCUACUAUCAACGUAAACAUCCUUACCCCUGCUAAGCCCUACCUCUCUUCUUGCACUUGCCAGGAGUCCACCUCCCUCAUCAAGGAGCUCGACACCCUCUUGACCGGUCUUCUCUCUUGCGUCGACUCUCUCCUUGGCGGCAUCUUGAUCCUCGUCAAGGGCUUGCUUAUCAAGACUCUUGGUUUGGUCUCCACUUUGCUCGGUGACCUCGCCGGUCUCUUGGGUGACGUCCUUUCCGUCCUUGGCCUUUAAGGGGUGUCUUCCUUCUUUGAGUAGACUCUUUCUUAUAUAGCUUAAUUAGCGCCUCUUCUCAUACUGGCAAGGUUGAUUUGAAUCCGGUUGGUGUUUGUUAAUCAUUGGUCGAGUGAGAUCUUGUCUGGCCCAUACUCCUGAUGAAUCCUUAUGAUACCC